GGGAGCAGCCGGGAGAGGCGGUCUUGGGCCCGGGGAGCGGGAAAGGGACUUCAAGGAAACCCCGCCGCGUGGAACCCGGCGCGGCCGCCUGCCCCGGAAAGGCCAACGUGGGCGAAUCCCCAGCUCCGCGCGCUCCCGGGGCGGCGGGGGUGCAGAGGCCUCAUGAGGGGAAGGUAUUUGGUACCAACGGAGUUGCGGGGACCUUUUGCCCGUCCCAGGUGCAGCUCGACCGGAAAAUAGUGGAAGCCGAAGGCGGGAGGUCUUUGUGUGUUUAGAAAGUUACAACGUCGACUGAGUGUGGCAGGAAGGGCAGGCCGUGGUCUACGCACGCAAUAGAGAAAGGCCUGAGUAAAUUCCAGCUCUGUCACCAGAAACCAGGGGUGAGAUAAGGAACUUGGGGAAGGGUCAGUUCGUUCAUAUGAAAAUGAGAGCUUCAGAGGAGCAGCUGAUUUGCUCAGCCAAAAGCAGUUCUUGAUAUGCCUGCCCAAAACACAGUAAUGCAGCAAACUUGAUGGUGUCACCACCUCCAGAAGCCACCACAGACUGUCUGAUAGUGGAGAAUUUGGACCAACCUUGAGAAGGGCAAGGUCAGCUGUGGAGGCCCAGAAGCAGGAUGCCCAGGAAAGGCCACUUCACUGGACAGCCUGUAUGGAUGUGGUCUGAAGGUAAGGGAUAACGUCUAGAAGUGAGGCUCUUCUGUCUCCACCCAUCCCUAAAAUGUUCCUAUGCUUUCAUUUGCCUCUCUGUUCAAAUUAUGUGCUGCUGUGACUCAUGUCCAGUACCACAUGUGACACUUCUGACAUUAUUCAUAUCAUUAGAAUGAUGCUUCACGAAGGGUUUCCAUGGAUAUCUGUUUCUGACUCUUGAAAGCUUUAAAGACAUGAGUCCUGAUGGCUUCAGUAACGUGUCCAGGGACAUCGAGUUUGUUCAUGGCAGAGCCAGGAGGAAAAAACAGUGCAAUUCACUUUCACAGAUAAGGCAUCACAAGCAUCUUAACAGAAGGGCCUUUUGAGAAACUGCAUCAUAGUUAAAACAAAUAGUUAAUAAUCCUUGCCUUUAAACAACCCCCAUUUCUUUUAGUCUGCUUUCUGGGUACUGGUCAAGGAAUAAAGAGUAUUAUUGGGAAAAUAGAUAAAUGAUGCAUCAUGAGUAUUUUUCUAAUAAGUUACUUUUUUUUAAAUGCAAAAAAUAAAUUUAUUAUGCUCUAUGUAUAAAACAAUAUAUUUACUUUUCAAAAUGUCACUAACAGGGUUUUAAAAAACGUUUUUAUUUUGAAAUAAUUGUAGAUUAACAGUUAGUUGCAAAGAAAUGUAUAGCGAAGUCUGUGCACGUUUUACCCAGCCUAUUCUUGUCUUACCAUCUUGCACACAACUGUAGUAAAAUAUCAAAAUCAUAAAAUUGAUAUUGGUUCAGUCAGUACAGCUUAUUCCAGUUUCAGCAGUUACACAUGCAUUUGUGUGUGUGUUUAUGUGCAUGUGUGUGUACCCGUGUGUGUGUGCAUGUGUGUGUGUACUUUCUGCUAAGUUACUUUUAAUGAAAGAAUAGUGUCUUAUCCUUUGGUAUACUGUAAUUCAACUAAUCCUGUUUUGUUUUUAUUUCUUUAUGUUUUUGUCAGAAGGACACAUGCAUUAUUGUUGCAUCGAUUGAGAAAAGUUUAUAUUCGUCCAGUGAAGAACUGCAGGUUUAAGCCCCCAUACUCAUUUCAGAAUUGUGCAUGGACUGAUACUAUCACGCCCACAUUGUCCUUUUUAUGCCUUUUCAAGGCCCAAAGGGCCCUGUUCCCAUAGGGAGACUGCUUCCCAGCUGGAGUGCUAAGAUCUGUGGGAGGUAAAUCCAGGAGCUGGAAGGCAGGCCAGAUCUCAUGACCUUUUCCUGUCCCCCCAACUGAACCAUCACAGGUCUCCACAUUCUCCCAGGCCCGUAGAAAAUGAAAAAAUCUCAGGCAUCAGUGUCAUUCAAGGACGUGGCUGUGGAGUUCACCCAGGAGGAGUGGAAGCUACUGGGCCCUGCUCAGAGGACCCUGUACAGAGAUGUGAUGCUGGAAAACUACAGCCACCUCGUCUCAGUGGAACACUACCAGCAUGAGGAACUUAAAGACAAGAGCUCAGAAAACCGAGGCAAACAUUGGUGCCAAGUUUUAUUCACCAACAAAAUGUUGACUCCAGAGCAAGAGAACAUCUUGGGAACACCAUGUAAUCUGGGCAUAAACACUUUUCUUUCAAGAAUAAUACGUUUUAAAUGUGACAUUCCAGGAUCUACUUACCUUGAUCUAAGUGCAUUGGCCUCACACUGUCAGUAUUCAAAAGAGGGUGCUGACGAGUUUAAUGUAUGUGAGAAGUGGAUCCACAGUAUUGAUGGCAGAACACAAACUAGAGAGGAAUAUUUUCAUUGUAAUAAAAAUGUGAAAGCCUUCAGUCAAAAAGAGGAAGUUAUUCAGAAUCAGCCAGUUCAGAGUUUGGGGCACCCUUUUGAAGAUGCUGAAUGUGGAAAAUAUUUCCUACAGAAAGCUGCCUUUUUUGCAUCUGUGAAUGCCCACAGAAAUAUGAAAUCACAUAAAUACAAUGAAUGUGGAGAAAAGAUGCCUGAAAAAUCUGCUCUUCUCUCUCAGAGCAUUCCUAAAGAACAUAAGAUUCACGAUGAAUUUAAUGAAUAUAAAUGUAGUGACAAUGGGAUAAAUUUCAGUAGGAUCACUCAACUUCAAAAAAUUGAUACAGGAGAGAAGACUUUCAACCAAAAUUCACACUUUAGAGAACAUCACAGAAUUCAUAUAGUAGACGUGAAACCAUUUGAAUAUGGAAAAUUUUUCUGCCAGGAUUCGGCCCUUCCGGAACUUUUUCAGCGAACUGGAAAAGGGGAAAAACCAUAUAAAUGUGAUGAAUGUGGAAAACAUUUCAAACUAAAGUCAUACCUAGGAAAACAUCUCAAAAAUCACACAAUGGAGAAACCGUAUGAAUGUAAUCAAUGUGGAAAAGCUUUCAGAGAGAAUUCAGUUCUUAGAUCACAUCAGAGAACUCACACAGGAGAGAAACCCUAUAAUUGUAAUCAUUGUGGACAAUCUUUUGGCCAGUAUUCAAGUGUGAAAAGGCAUGAGAGAAUUCACACUGGUGAGAAACCCUAUAAAUGUGAUGAAUGUGGGAAAUCUUUUAGGCGGAAAUCACAUGUCACAGCACAUCAGAGAACUCACACAGGUGAGAGACCCUAUGAAUGUAAUGAAUGUGGAAAAUGUUUCAGUCAAAGUUCAGGCCUAGUAAAUCAUAAGAGAACUCACACAGGAGAGAAACCCUAUAAUUGUAAUCACUGUGGACAAUGUUACAGACAGAGUUCAAGUCUCAAAACACACCAGAAAACUCACACUGGGGAGAAACCCCUUAAAUUUCGGAAAUAUUUGGGCAGAAAUUGAAAGGUACCCCAAUUGCCAGAGACGAGAGACAACUGAGCGGUUCAGGCAAAAGCAUUUAUUCUGAGAGUGGAAAGGAGGCUGCCUGGGCAGUGCACAAAAUGGCAACUGCCCUGACUGAGUGGAUGAAACACAUAUUUAUGCAGACCUGAGAGCAAGUUAGCUUUCCCUGGCAAGGAAGUUAGUUUUUGUGGGCUUUUUGUGGGCAGGGUUUCUGAUGUUUAAGUUUCAGGCUCUUCAUUUCCGUCUUUUUGGUUAGGGUAGGGAGGCGGUGGUGGUGGGACCAGGGGUGUUUUUUUUUUCUGUAGCUUCUUCCUGCUGGCAGGGGGCAUAGGCAUCUUCCGUUGCAAGGGGUUGAUAGGGUAAUAGUUGUGGCAUAAGGAUGAGCUGGGUGGUGAUGGAGGUGGAUAUUCUUUUAGCACCAUUUUCAGCUAGGUUGGUGUAUUAGGGUUCUCUAGGUAAACAGAAUCAGUGAGAAGUAUCUAUGAAUAUAAGAUGGAAGUGACUCAUGCAACUGUGGGUAUGCAUGAGUCCAGAUUCUGUAGGGCAGUCAGCAAACUGUCAACUCCAAUGAAGAUGUCCGACGAGCUUCUCAGGAAACGAACUAGCAACUUCCACAAACUCCUCAGGAAAUGAAGUGGGAUCUUCAACAAACAUGUUCAGUGAACUCCUCAGGAAACUAACUGGCAGCUUCGACGAACUCCUCAGGAAACACUUCGCUGGUCAGCCAAAGAAGAAGUGAAG